GCAGCAGCCAACCACAUCGCUGCGUACAGUUCAUCCCGUCGUCAGGGGCGCCUUGACAUUCCGCCCUUUUUUCCCCAUCUCACACAGACACGCGCACUGUUCCGUAAUUACACUGAUAUCUUUGCUUUUCUAUUCUUUUUUUUCACUUCUCUUUCUGUGAAGAGAUCAGUUCAGACAAGCAGACCAGGUCCCCUCCAGGUCCCCCAACCGCAAGCCACGAGACCCAACAGCCACCGCCGCCGUAAAUUCCUGCCUGUAUUUCUCUAGCGGUAACACUUCCCGAACGGCCGGUUUCUUCUCAUUUGGUAAAUUUGGCGUAAUUUUGCAGACCGCAGCAGCAACCUAGAAAGAAGAAGGCCACCACCGAGGAGGAAGCGUCGCAGUUGGCUGGGGCGUUGAUGCGUUUCAUGCUGUGACAACCACCUGCCGACCACCGACCACCGACCACCGACCGUUUCCCGCUACACUUGCACCGCAUUCCAAUACCGACGGGACCGUUGUCUCUCUUGAAUCGUUCUACCUUCCCCGUUCCCCGUUGAAUGUGCACGGAACACAGUACAACGACGUCCAUCUUCACCUCGGCCUCCGCCGCGAACUCCCCGUCUCUCAGUGCGCGAUCUGGCCCGGCGCCUGCUUGACACGGUUGACGACGCCAUUCCCUCCGAGCCACCCCGAAGACCAUGAAUGGCCUCAAUGCGCCACUGUCUCCUGUCUCUGUAGGCGGUAGCGAGUGGUCUUAUCCCACCAACACCGACAAAAACACAUAUCCAAACAACCGCGGAGACAUCACCACACCACCCGACUCGGCUGGUGCUGUCAGGGCGAUGAAUGGGAACUUCCCACCGGGGCCCAGGAGCGUCGGCGGUCCCUCCCCGCCUCCCUCUGUCGGCCGAUCCAGUGCCGGCACCAACCUAUACGCAAGGAGUGAGAGUGGCAGAAGCCAAGUCGUGAGGGAUGACUUGGGCGGCCAUGAGAUGGUGCUCGCUGAGCACUAUGUCUCACUCAAGCGAUUUCUGUCAGCGACUUCGCGUGACGGCAACCCGAAGCCACCACCGAACAAGGCUCGCGACAAGCUGCAGCGCCUUACUGGGGUUCAGUUUCUCGAGCUCAGUACCGACGUCUUUGACGAGCUGAAGCGACGUGAGACAACAGCUCGUAGACCCCCCAAUGCUCCUCCAGGAUCCGGUCCACCUGAUUAUCUAUUACCUGAGGACAACUUCCACCCCAAACGAAACCAAGCGCGCCAAAAACUUUCGUCAUUGGGCCCUCCACGCUUCCGCGAUCUGGCCACCGAUGUCUUUUGCGAACUGGAGAGGAGGUUCCCACGUUUUGCGGCUGGGGAUAUCCCCCGUGUUGGCAGCCCAGUAUCAGUACGCGGAGGUCCCAUCAGCCGGUCGCAAACACCGGUAAGCGGAAUGAAUGGCGGGUUCCCUCCUCGGGGUCAGAGCCGUAGACGCCCUUCAGAAGCCAGCUCAAUACGAAGCGGACGAGGGAUGCCUACUCCUCUCGGCAGCGGCUUCCCUAUCCCACCCUCUCCAGGCCUGCCGCCGAAUGGCAACUAUGGACAGCCAAUUGCGAAGCAGUUCCAGAACAACACCAUUGUGCCUAACAAGAGCACCAUGGUGGAGGAGGACGAUGAUGCCAUCAGCCCCAUGAGUCCCGAUCCUGCCGGAUCUGAUGCCUAUGGCAUGAACAGGUCAAUAGACCGUGAUAGCAAACGAAGUGCUGGCGCAUCCGAGACGGACAAGAAACUUCUUGAGGAUUAUGAGCAGCAAGUUAGGGAUUUGCGUGAGAAACUGGACAGCAUGGAGGAUGCACUUAAGAAGAAGGAUGACGACCUCAUGAACGCUCUAGAUGGGGAACGUUCCCGAGCCACGGCUUCUAAUGCUGAGAAGAGGGAAUGGGAUGACGCCCGCGCCGAACUGGAGAAUAAGCUUGCUCAAGUGGAGGAAUUGAACGAGUCGAUGAAGAGGGAGCUGGACAGGACCAGGGACGAACACGAUGAGGAAAUUCGCCAACUUCGAGAACAGCUUGACGAAGCUCGCGCCGGUGCCAACGCACAGUCAAACGGCAUGGCUGACGAGGAAUUAGAACGCGAGAACAGGGCUCUGCGUGCGGCGUUGGAGGAGCAAGAGCAGGUGACAGAGGAGGUUCGUCGUGAGGCCCAGGGGUUCCUGAUGGAGAUGCGCAAUAUUUCCCAGCAAAGCGGUGCCUCGUGGGAAAGGCAGUCGGAGCUGGAGAAGACGAUCGAAAUGUUGGAGAAGGAGGUCCGGGACUGGAGGAAUCGCUACGCCCGCGCCAAAACUCAGCUGCGGGAUCUACGUGGGUCUUCGGAGGGCAUUCCAAUGCAACAGGACGCUGGAAAGUUUGUGCGCGAGAAGGGCUUCACGCAAGACGAUGGGCUGGUCAAGGACGUCCAUGUCACCAAGUUCCAGAUCGCCAUUGACGAGCUGUUGCAACGGGCGCGCAUGGAUGACCCGGAGCGCGUGAUUGACUCUAUGAAGGCAGUUGUGGUAAGCGUCCGACGGAUCACUAAGGAUAUCGACGAGUCGGCACAGAACAACAUCGAGCUUGCGCAGCAAAAUCAGAAGCUCAAGGCCCGAGUAUCCCCCGCAGCCAACAAUCUUAUUACUGCCUCCAAGUCUUUUGCUAGCUCGGCUGGAAUUGCGCCAGUGACUCUCCUCGAUGCUGCUGCCUCUCACCUGGUCACGGCUGUUGUUGAGCUUCUCCGAGCUGUCAAGAUUCGAUCUACCCCGGAUGGUGAAUUGGAAGAUGACGAUGACGACGGCACCGUUACUCCUGUUGAAUCGGCCAGCUUCUUUUCGCCACGAAGCAAUGGGCAGAGCCAGGCCUCCCGAGCUGAGGAUUCUCUUCAGCGCCCACCACCUUUCCGCGGCCUAGGCGCCGCCGGAAGCCGAGCCAGCAUGGACUCGUCUGCGUACAGCCCGGUCAACUCACCUCGUGAAUCCUACACCAACGGACAGAUGGCCAACGGAUCCAUGACAAACGGCAACGGAGGCGGCCACGGCAACCUGAACAAGGCUGUGAACGGAAACGCCAACGGCAUGUACAACAAUGCACGCCAGCAGCGCGACACUCGGGCGGAGGACCUCAAGAUCUACCUCGAAGACCAGACGGCGGUGCUCGUGCAGACGAUCCAGGACCUUGUGCAGCUGAUACGCAACGACGCGGACAUUAGCCAGGUCACGGAGGAGAUCAACACGAUUGUGGAUGUUGUCGGCCAGGUCGUGUCCGAGACAGAGUCGACUGGUGGCAAUGGUGUCGAGCUUGUCAGGCGUCUUUCUGCCUGCCGGGAGCGGCUGAUGGAGGCGGGCAAGCGCGGUUUGGAUCUUGCGGCUGCGGGCAACGAUAGUGCCAGUCGGGAGUGGAGGAUGUGGACGCAGACGUUGCCGCCGAUUGCGUUUGAGAUUGCGAGGGAGACGAAGGAGUUGGUGCAGAGGGUUGAUCAGUUGGUGAUGGAUGAUGGCGGGGAUGCCGAUGAUUUUGCAUGAAGGACGACAACUUGGAUUAUACUAUUGCUCUAAUGAUGAUGCGAGACUUGGGGGGUUUUUUGAGGAAAAAGAUGGAUGGAUGAUAGAUACCUGAUUCGAUUCGAGACUUGGGGAGAGGGGGAAGGGGUUGAGAAA